AUGUUGUAUUUAGUUGGGCUCGGUUUAUCCUCAGAAGAGGAUAUUACUGUCCGUGGGUUGAAGGCUGUUAAGAAGUCUUGUCGGGUUUAUUUGGAACAUUAUACGUCAAUCUUAAUGGCAGCUUCGCAAGAAGAGUUAGAAAAGUUUUAUGAAAAGCCAGUGAUUUUAGCUGAUAGGGAAAUGGUUGAAACAGGAUGUGAUGAGAUUUUGCGUGAUGCGGACAAGCAGGACGUUGCAUUCUUGGUUGUUGGUGAUCCUUUCGGUGCUACAACACACACAGAUUUAGUUCUAAGGGCGAAGCAACAAGGCAUUUCUGUGGAAGUUAUACAUAAUGCGUCUAUCAUGAAUGCAGUAGGUGCAUGUGGAUUGCAGCUAUAUACUUUUGGACAAACGGUAUCUAUGGUGUUUUUCACAGAGAAUUGGAGGCCAGAUUCGUGGUAUGAGAAAAUAUUGGAAAAUAGAAAAAUUGGACUGCAUACUCUGGUGUUGUUGGAUAUCAAGGUUAAGGAACAGAACUAUGAAAAUAUGGCUCGUGGUAGAUUGAUAUAUGAACCUCCUCGUUACAUGUCUAUUUCUCAAUGUUGUGAACAGUUAUUGGAAGUAGAUGAGAGUAAGGGCACGAAGGCAUACACCGCAGAUACUCCUUGUGUGGCCAUAUCCAGGUUAGGUUGUCCUACUCAGAGAAUGAAGUCAGGAACCAUUAAAGAAUUAUCCGGGUAUGAUGCGGGUGAACCAUUGCAUUCAUUGGUUAUUCUUGGUAGACAAUGCCAUGAAUUAGAACUAGAAUAUUUAUUGGAAUUCUGCGAUGAUAGAAGGAAGUUCAAGCAAGACGUUCUUAGAGACCAAGAAUACUUCAAGCCUGCCCCAUGGGUUCCUCCGGCCGAGGAGGAAGAUGAAUGA